CAAGUAUCGAAUCGUAAAUUGAAUAUAUUAUUUCAUGAACAGCGAAAAAGUUUACUGAGAAUUGGAAUCAACUUUAAUUGUUUUGGUGUUUUCGCCGGUUAUUGUUGUCGUAUUAUUGACAAUUAAGAAGAUGAUGAUAAGGGAAGAUAAUAGUAGGGAGAUCAAGGAGAAGCUCUCAAGAUGAUAUCUUGAGUUUCUCUCUACUUGAUAUGCGAAUCAAGGGAAAUCUUAAUUCUCUUAAAUUCUGAUGUGUGUUUUUAUUUCAAUCGACUGAGCAAAAUCUCCUCUUUCAUUUGUCUUCCUUUUCCCUAAUAUUAAAUUCAUCCUCUCUCUCUCUCUCUCUCUCUCUCUCUCUCUCUCUCACUAUCUGUGCUUUAUCAUCAUCAUGAUUCGUGAGUCUCAUUCUAAACCUGAAUCCAUAAAAACCACUUCAAUACCUAAAGAAAGUAUAAGAUAGAAAAUAUUAAAACUCGAUUGUUGAUAAAUCUUAUUUUCUCUCUCAGUUAACUUUUUAUUGUCAACAUUUUAUAUCCACCUCAUGAUCUAAAGCAACAAUCAAUUCACAAUUUAAGUUAAUCAGUCAUUAAAAGAGUAAAAACAUAACCAACAAUAUUUGAUAUUCUUUGAUUGUUCAUCUGAAAGUUACUCCAACUAAUAUACUAAAUGAAUUUCUAUCUAUUCUAAUUCAGUUUAAUAACACUAAUUGUUGUGAUCGAAACGAGAUUAACAGUUAUAAUAAGGAAUAAAUUUUUUCUCCUUUUUGUUUGGUUAACUGUUUUUUUCCAAUCUAAUCAAUGAAAAAGUGAUCACCUUUUCCCACCAUCGGCCAUUCAACGUUCUAACCCUUUUUGUCAACCCACCCGGAGGAGAUUUACCCUCCUCGGUGUGAUCAUCUCUAUUUCCCUCUUGACCGUUUGUCCAAAGGCCAAUAAUGUCUAUCUGUAAGCCCAAUGUUCAUCAGUACCGUGUGACCUUAAGCAAUUUAUCGUGUAUCGAUGGGAUGUCAAUGACCAACAACGGAAGUCGUAAAGAUGCCACUUUCUAUCUUGGCGAUGAAAACUGUCCACUAAAUAAAUCGGAUGAUAUUGAGACGACCAUUCAAAUGAAACCUUCUUCCAGAGGUUCACCUUCAACCACAGGAACCGGAACUAUACCCUUGUCGAAUGAUUAUUCUGGCCGUCCACCGUUAUACUCAGAGUUAAAUAGGUCAACAGUUGGUCGGGGUAUCAUUAACUGUACAUCGGGUGCUUCUUUUGGUGUUUCUAGUGUUAAUAAUGGUGGUGGUGGUCCAGGGAGUACUGCAGGUACUUGUAUCACCAAUGGUGGUGGUGAAGGAGGAGGAGGAGGAAGAGGAGGAAGUGGGGGUAAUGGCGGUGGUGCUCAUAAUCGAAAGUAUCGACCUCGAACUGUUCAUUCGUCUCGAUACAAAAAUCACUCAGAUGCCUUUGAUGGCCUGGUUUUCGUUCUAAGUGCCAUUUACUCUAAAAUUAUCGUCAUCAUUGGUCUUUGUUUCCCAAUGGCGGAGGUCAUCUCACAUCGAAUACCCAUCGGUUGGUAUGAAGGUUUCUACCUUUACCUUUAUCUUGGUUCGAUUUUAUUUCUCAUAUUGAUCUAUCUGUUCCGGGAAACGGGUAAACGGAAAAAGUCAUCACUCAUGAUUCGAGCGAAAACUUUUUUCCUCUGGUCAAAUGUUGAAUCUGGAAUCGACGGUGGUACCGAUGGAAGUGGACGCUCACACGGAGGACGUCGAGGUGAAACCAAAUUACAAUCAAGUUCAACAAACAGUUCACUUUCUGAGGAUGAAAUUUCGGGUCCAGUUCAUUUUGGCUCCUUUUAUUUACGACUUGGAGCCGUUGCUUUUGGAAUUGGAUCAAUGAUCUAUUCAGGCCUCGAGUUUGGACAAUAUUUCGAACUCGAAUCCAAGGAACAGUGUUACAGUUUCCUCUAUGGAUUCACCCCCACGGCCCAUAUGACCUUUACCUUUUUUCAACUUUACUUUAUUUUCAUGAACUCAAAAAAUUUCAUCUCCAAACACAAUUACAUCGCUCGAUUUGGAUUAAUGCAUAUGAUUGCCACUAAUCUUUGUGUUUGGCUUCAUGUUUUAAUCCAAGAAACGAAACAUCAAAUAAUGAUUAUCCUUAAUCCGAAUGCCACUUCGAGAGAGAUAUUUUUACCUGAUUAUGAAUUAACAAGCUUUGGUUUCGCAAUGGAUGAAGAUAAACAUAAUCCUUUCCUGUCGACUGAUGGUUCUUUCUCAACAUUUCCAGGAUCAUCAUUACCCUCAUCAUCUUCAUCUUCAUCUUCAUCCUCAUCUCAUUCAUCUUCAUCACUAAUCAAUUCACUUGGUGAAGAUAUAUUAUCUUCGGCAUCAUCCUAUUCAUCCUCUUAUCCCUCAUCCUCAUCCUCUCCAUCCUCAUCAUUACCUUCAUCAGUUAUUCAUCACAUAUCCCGUCGUAGUAUCGAUGAUCAUGAAAUUUUCACCACUCACGGGGUUUGCCGCCGAUCCAAUGUCAUCGGUGAAUUAGUCCAAGAUGCCAGCCAAUUCCUGUUCCCCUGUACCAUUGAGUAUUCACUGAUCUGUGCCGCCAUUUUGUACAUCAUGUGGAAACACACCGACUCGGCCAGUUUGAACACUGAUCGACUUAGACACCGAAGUGCCCAAAGUACAUCAACAGUUAAUCAUCAUCAACGUCAUUAUUAUCAGGUCGAUUGUGCUAAGGCUCAUAAAGGUUUAUUCUGUGGCAUUUUCCUACUCGUUGUUUGUAUUAUAUCGUUAAUUUUGUUUUUCGUGUUAAUUAAGAAACCUAAUUAUCGACACUUGGGAGUCCUUCAAGCUCAUAUUGUUGAGAUAGGUGUUUAUGGGAUCAAUGCUGUCGCUUGUUUAAUUGCAAUAUUUCAGAUUCGUAAAUUAAAUUACAAUCGACAUCGUAACGUUGAAUUGGACAAUAUUCUGUUAAUUGUCGCCCAAAGUGGUCUUUACGUUUUUAACAUGUUCUCAUUGAUCGGUGCCCAAUUCUUGAAUACGAGUGUCAGUCGUAACACUCAACUGGUCAAGGUCAACGCUGUCGCUUGUUUGGUCCAGUCCACUUUACAAACGGUUUUCAUACUCGAUGCCACCCGAAGAUAUGCUUCCACUCCUGAACAAGUACGAAGAAAACCCGCUCGAGAGAUGAUCACCUUUCUGUUGGUUUGUAAUUUCGCGAUGUGGGCCAUAAAUACCCUCGAGACCCGUCGAGCUGAUUCAAAUCCCGUUCAAAUGACAUUCUAUGGUUUCUGGGCUUGGACCAUAAUCACUCAUGUGACGACACCUUUGACCAUUUUCUUUAGAUUUCAUUCAACUGUUUGUCUAUGUGAUAUUUGGAAACGAACCUACAAAGUUAAACAAGAAUUUAUAUAAAUUCUUAGUCAUAAAAUUAAAGAAAAAAAAAUGUUAAUUGUUAUAAUUAAAAUGUAAUUAAAGUAAAAAAAAAUCGAAAAUAAAUAAUUCGUAACAAAAGAAAA